UGGGCCAAACCAGCCCAUCCGGAUAACAGAGACAAACUUGGCAGCGAGCGGAUGAACUGGUCGGAUCUUUGUUCUUCACAGCCAGACUAUCAACCUCUUUAUAUUUUUGCGUAUCGUCACUUAUAUGUCUCACAUUUAUAUCAGUAUUAUAUAGAAUACUCCUUCCCUGGGCACGCAGCUUCAGCACAGGCAUAUACUUUUUGAGCUAGCAUAUUUUCCCAGUGUUUUUAGUUCAUUCUUCCCCCCACCGACGAGGUUUUAUUGGACCAAGAUAGGCGGCGCGGGCACCAAGAUGUCGAACCGGAUGGUGUGCAGAGAAGCGAGCCACGCCGGCAGCUGGUACACGGCCUCAGGAUCCCAGCUUAACGCACAACUCGAGGGCUGGUUAUCUCAAGCACAACCUACAGCCGGUCCAGCUAGAGCCAUAAUAGCACCGCACGCUGGCUACACUUACUGCGGCGCGUGUGCCGCCCACGCCUACAAGCAGGUGGAUCCCUCCAUCACUCGGAGGGUGUUCAUUCUUGGCCCCUCUCACCAUGUGCCACUGUCUCGCUGUGCCCUCUCCCCCGCCGAGGUCUACAGAACACCACUGUACGACCUGAGGAUCGACCAGAAGGUUUACGCUGAUCUGUGGAAAACAGGCAUGUUUGAGAGGAUGAGUCUGCAGACAGAUGAAGAUGAACACAGCAUUGAGAUGCACCUGCCUUAUACAGCUAAAGCCAUGGAGAGCCAUAAAGAUGAGUUCAGCAUCGUCCCUGUGCUGGUGGGAGCUCUGAGUGAAUCUAAAGAGCAGGAAUAUGGCAAGCUGCUUAGCAAAUACCUGGCUGACCCUUCUAAUCUUUUCAUCAUCUCCUCUGACUUCUGCCACUGGGGACAACGUUUCCGUUACACCUACUACGAUGAAAGUCAAGGGGAGAUCUACAGAUCUAUCGAGCACCUUGACAAAAUGGGAAUGGGAAUUAUAGAACAGUUGGACCCCAUCUCCUUUAGCAAUUAUUUGAAGAAAUAUCAUAAUACUAUUUGUGGUCGCCAUCCCAUCGGCGUUCUUCUAAAUGCUGUGGCGGAACUGAAAAAGAACGGCAUAGACAUGAACUUCUCUUUCCUGAACUAUGCACAGUCGAGCCAGUGCCGAAACUGGUCGGACAGCUCUGUGAGUUAUGCUGCUGGAGCUCUCGUCGUUCAUUGAGGUGAACUUUCCCAGGAGCCGCGGAGCCUCCUAGAAGACCCCAGCCCCUCCCACCCGUAUCCCCAUCCUCCCUCGCCUCUUCUAUAGGAAGGACAUACGAAGCUUGUCGCAGCUGGGAAUCCUCAUACAUACCCUGAAUCCAGAUGUAACGUUAGAUACUAACCUCCUCUUCUUACAGCUUUCCCUGAACCCCGUUUUCCUCGUGAGGCAACUCGGAUGAUGCUAUAGCUUGAAGUAUAGCCGCAGUUUUUUGGGUGUUGCAAGGUCAGAUUUUUGGUUGUGUUUUUUUUUCUUGUUUUUUGGGGGGAGGGGGGGCAAAAUGACGCAAAAUCCACUUUUGACCCUCCAAAGACAUUAGAUAUCCGAAGAGCCCUUGUGUACUUUAAAAGCAAGACACAUUUAAAGUUUAAAUAAAAGAAAUAAAACCAUCGACAUUGCACUCUUUUUGCAAGUCUGCAUAUAUAAUCUACAUAACGUCUCACGUAAUGAUAAAUAAUGAGAAAAAGGAAGUUGACAGACUGCAACAUGCUAUGUCCAUGUACACCCUGAGAAUUGUAGUAAUAGCUACUGCGCUGGUCCUGUUGUAGUUUUUAAAGGGCUACACAAUACCCACUAACCCUCCACUGUUCUGGAUAUACCAAAAAAUAGUUUUCUCUCAUCUAAUCUUUUAUUGUAGUCAAAUUAAAGUUUUUUUUCUGAUUCUUAUAUUCCGUUCUGUUUAUUUUCCCUUUGUGAUUACCAUUAUUUAGCUUUCUAGUUUUACUAUGCGUUUGACAUGUAAUCUCAAACUGUGUGGAAGCAUAUAGUAGUGUUUGAAGUCUACAGGAAGUGCAGUACAGUUCAGACUGCCUCAAAAUGGCUGUUCUAUCCCUUCAGUCCCACAACUUUUAAAUCGUAAGGGGUUAUUUAUUUUGGUUAUUCUGAAACAAUUUUAUUUUCUCAUGCAAGUUAGCAGCCAUGUUUAACAGCUGACUAGUAGUUAGUGAUGCACACCCGUUUCGAGGAACCGCCGGAGGUGGAUUUUCUGAACGGCAUAGGCAUUUUGUCUGGCUUUCCUCCUUAACCCAUCUACUCCCAAAGAGCACAAUGCAGCAAGAUGUUUCCUGGGUAACCAUCGGAAGGAAAACGGCAAGGCUCCUGGACAUCCCCAUCAAGGUUUAAAUGUCUCAAACCAAAUCCUCAAACAGAAAACAGACAAAGCAUGUCACACCAUGCAGAUGUGCCUUGGGUCAGUGUUAAACAUGUUUGUUUUUUUUUGGUCCUGUGCUUUCCACCCUUGACCACCGUUCAUUUACCCACUAAAAAGACUUGAUUUAGUCUGUGUUGAAUCAGUUUUCACCGUUUUGAAAGUAGGGAAAGACAUUCAUCGGUUUCACCCAGCACAACACCUCUUCUUGUACUGUUAAAAUUGUUUCAAUUUUUUUAUUUUAGUACCGUUUAUUAUUAUUCUAACUAUUAUUGCGUAGAAACGAACAGUUCACACGUUGUCAAACCUAUGUCGAAAUUAAUUGAAGCGCUCCUUAACGGAGUCAUUUUUAAAUCUCAGGUUACAUUGAAGCAUUACAGAAUUCUCGCCAGAUAUGACAAGGGUCAUGGCCGAUGUUGCAAAGAAACAAUAAAGUGUAAUGACAAACGUUA